UGAUACGUGGAUGUCAGCCGGUGCGCCAUAAUUGUCAGGGGUAUAGAAAACACUGACGACAACACGACAACACGUUGUUUAUUAUUUGUAUAAAACAUUGUAGAAGUUGUCGUGGGUGUUGGAUGUCACUUGACUUCGGAAAAUUGUGUUUCACUGGAAUUGAGAUUUGAGGUCGAACUAAAAGCUGUUUUCCUGUGCGUGAUUCAUUAUUUUGUCUAUUCCUUUCUGUUUCUAGCAUAUUAGCAGUUCCACAAUCUAGCGUGAACAGUGAUGGCGACUGAGCAGCCAUGCUAUACGCUGAUCACAGCUCCAUCAGACACUGAACAGCCCAGUGAGCAGCAGCUCAAACAGGACCUGGAGCGUGGUGACAUCCGAGCCAAGACCGAGGCCCUGAAGAAAUGCAUCCACUCUAUUCUGGCUGGAGAGAAGAUUCCGGGGAUCCUGAUGACGGUGAUCCGCUUCGUGCUGCCGCUACAGGACCACACCAUCAAAAAGCUGCUCCUCAUCUUCUGGGAGAUCGUGCCCAAAACUCUGCCGGACGGCAAAUUGAUGCAGGAGAUGAUCCUUGUGUGUGAUGCCUACCGCAAGGACCUCCAGCAUCCGAACGAGUACAUCCGCGGCUCGACGCUGCGUUUCCUGUGCAAGCUGAAGGAGCCCGAGCUGCUGGAGCCGCUGAUGCCGGCCAUCCAGGCGUGUCUGGAGCACAGGCACUCCUAUGUGCGCAGGAACGCCGUCAUGGCUGUCUUCACCAUCUACAGGAACUUUGACUUUCUGAUUCCGGACGCCCCGGAGCUGAUCGCCACGUUCCUGGAGGGUGAGCAGGACAUGUCGUGCCGCCGGAAUGCCUUCAUGAUGCUGAUCCACGCUGACCAGGAGCGGGCGCUCUCCUACCUCAGCUCGUGCAUCGAGCAGGUCAACACGUUCGGCGAUAUCCUGCAGCUGGUCAUCGUCGAGCUCAUCUACAAGGUGUGUCACGCCAACCCGUCGGAGCGGUCUCGGUUCAUCCGCUGCAUCUACAACCUGCUCAACUCGAGCAGCGCCGCCGUCCGGUACGAGGCCGCCGGCACCCUGGUCACGCUCAGCUCGGCGCCGACGGCGGUUCGGGCGGCCGCCACGGCCUACAUCGAGAUAAUCCUGAAGGAGUCUGACAACAACGUGAAGCUGAUCGUGCUGGACCGUCUGGUGGCGCUCAAGGAGCACCCGAGUCAUGAGCGGGUGCUGCAGGAGCUGGUCAUGGAUAUCUUGCGCAUCCUGGCCACGCCGGACCUCGAGGUGCGUAAGAAGACGCUGGAGCUGGCCAUGGACCUGGUGACGUCCCGCACGGUGGAGGAGCUGGUGCUGGUGCUGAAGAAGGAGGUCACCAAGACGCACAACACUGUGGAACACGAGGACGUCGGCAAGUACCGUCAGCUGCUGGUGCGCACCCUCCACUCGUGCUCCAUCAAGUUCCCGGACGUGUCGGCCACGGUGAUCCCCCUGCUGACCGAGUUCCUCUCCGACUCGAACGAGCUGGCCGCCGCCGACGUACUGGUAUUCCUCCGCGAGGCCGUGCAGCGGUUCGACAACCUGCGACCGCUGGUACUCGAACAGCUGCUCGAGGCGUACCCCAUCAUCGGCUCGGUCCGGGUGCACCGCGCCGCCACCUGGAUUCUAGGCGAGUUCGCCGCCACCGCCGACGACGUACAGUCGGUGCUGACCCAGGUGCGUCAGGCGCUGGGCGAGCUGCCACUGGUGGAGGACGAGCGGCGCCGCGCGGCCGGCCAGGCCACCGACGAGGAGCCCUCGCAGCAGCAGCAGACCGUGCAGAAACUGGUGACCGCCGACGGAACAUACGCCACACAGUCGGCCUUCAGCGCCGCGCCAUCAGCCAAGAAGGCGGACGCCGAGCGGCCGCCGCUGCGCAAGUAUCUGAUGUCGGGCGACUUUUUCGUGGCCUCCGUGCUGGCGGCCACUGUGGCUAAGCUGGCUCUGCGCUACUGCCGGCUGGUGACGGCGCCGGUAAAACAGCACCGGCUGCGUGCAGAGGCCAUGCUGAUCAUCGCCAGCAUGAUGCACCUGGGCCGCUCCGGGCUGCCCGACAAGGCCAUCAGCGACGACGACCUGGAGCGGCUGCAGCUGUGUCUGCGAGUGGUCGCCGAGCCCAACCCGCUACUAGAGAAAAUCUUCCUCAGCGCCUGCAAGGAUGCCCUCAACUCUAUGCUGAAGGUGAAGGCGGAGACGGAGGCGCCGCGCACGGCCAAGGAGCGCGGCGUGCUGGCCGUGCAGCCGGACGCGCCGAUCGCCUUCCUGCAGCUGUCCGGUCGUAACGAGCUGGCCGGCAGCGAGGACGUCUUCGAGGCCUCGCUCUCGCAGGCGGUGGGCGCCGUCAAACGCUCGGCCGCCGACUUCAGCUCCUCCAAACUGAGCAAAGUCACCCAGCUGACGGGCUUCUCGGACCCCGUCUACGCCGAGGCGUACGUCAACGUCAACCAGUACGACAUCGUGCUGGACGUGUUGGUGGUGAACCAGACGUCGGACACGCUGCAGAACUGCUGCCUCGAGCUGGCCACACUCGGCGACCUCAAGCUGGUCGAGAAGCCGUCCCCGCUGGUGCUCGGACCCAAGGACUUUGCCAACAUCAAAGCCAACGUGAAGGUUGCCAGCACGGAGAACGCCAUCAUCUUCGGCAACAUCGUGUACGACGUGACUGGCGCGGGCAACGACCGUAACGUGGUGGUACUGAACGACAUCCACAUCGACAUCAUGGACUACAUCGUGCCGGCGUCGUGCUCCGACCAGGAGUUCCGACAGAUGUGGGCAGAGUUCGAGUGGGAGAAUAAGGUAUCGGUCAACACUACGCUCACGGACCUGAACGAGUACCUCACCCAUCUGAUGACGUCCACCAACAUGCGCUGUCUCACACCGGAGAAGGGCCUGUCGGGCGACAGCGGGUUCCUGGCCGCCAACCUGUACGCCCGCUCCAUCUUCGGCGAGGACGCGCUGGCCAACCUCAGCGUGGAGAAGCCGUUCAACAAGCCGGACGCGCCUGUCAUUGGACACAUCCGCAUCCGCGCCAAGAGCCAGGGAAUGGCGCUCAGUCUGGGCGACAAGAUCAGCCAGGUGCAGAAGAAGGCACGUGCGGCGGCCGCGCCCGCCGGAGCCUGAGUCGGCAGUGGCCGAGAGCCGACUGCAAGGAGCACCGAGUGAUCUAUUCCACGGCCCGCCGAGACGACGGUGAUUUCUUUACAGAAAAUAUAUAACUUUAUUCGCUUCGUGGUCCAACUGUUCCGGGUCGCCUGUGUUUUGAGUGAUGAAUAUCCGUUCUGCGCGACUGAAUACAUUUAAAUGGGUGAGGUA